CUUACCUGACAAAGAGCACCCACCACACAAGGAAGGGGUUACAGUUGAAUCUCGUCUUCCUUCCUCUUAGGUUUCAGCUACCAGCUCCGACCCCCCCGUCCCAUCCCACCAGUUCCGACUAUACCCUCCUCACAUAUACAUAUAUUUGUUUAUAUGGAUAUAUAUAAUAUGAUUUCGUGAACCGUUGUAGUUUCGGUUCCCACGUUAUGGCGUCCACCGGAGUUUCCACCUACCGAGAUCGAACGACUGAGUUCCGAUCUCUUUCGGAGACAUUGAAGAAGAUAGGCGGAGUCGCCGACUCAAACGAAUCACAGAACGGCCCGUCGCCCUCGAAACCGCCGGCGACUUCAUACCGAUCCGAAUUCAACAAGAAGGCUUCGCGAAUCGGAUUGGGCAUCCAUGAAACCUCUCUCAAGAUCGCCAGGCUUUCCAAACUGGGAAAAAAGUCAUCCAUUUUUGACGAUCCAAUUAAGGAAAUUCAAGAAUUAUCUGCCUUCAUAAAAGAUGACAUCACUGCACUUAAUGUGGCAGUCUCAGAUUUGCAAAACCUUCAAAAUGUGGAGAUAGCUGAUGGGAACUAUUCAGAAGAUAGAGUUGUUCAUUCCACAACUGUUUGUGAUGAUUUGAAGACCAAACUUAUGGGGGCUACAAAACAGUUUCAGGAUGUGUUAACUACCAGAACAAAGAACAUCAAGGCUCAUGAAAAUAGGAAACAGAUAUUCUCCACAAAUAUAGCUAGAGAGAAUCCUUUGAGGAAUCCCACAAAGGCAGUGACUGAACCAGCUCCGUGGUCAACUUCAUCUGGUUCAUCAGGGAGUUUGCAACCAUCAGUAUCACCAUCAAAUGGAGUUCAAGUUGGCAGCCAACUGAGACGAAGGUUGGCUGUGGACAACACUCCAUCCCACCAUAUGGAAACGUCCAUGUUGCAGCAGGUGGUCCCACCACAGGAGAGUUAUUCACAAAGUCGGGCAGUUGCUCUUCAAAAUGUUGAAUCCACAAUUUCAGAACUUGGUGGGAUUUUCACACAUUUGGCUACAAUGGUUGCACAACAAGGGGAAUUGGCUAUCAGGAUCGAUGAUAACAUGGAGGAGUCAUUGUCAAAUGUUGAAAGUGCUCGCAGUUCUCUGUUGAGGCAUUUAAACCAAAUAUCAUCAAACAGGUGGCUCAUGAUUAAAAUAUUUGCCAUUUUGAUUUUUUUCUUGAUCGUUUUUAUCUUCUUUGUGGUUUAAUGUGUACCCCAAUGAGAACCCUCGUAUAAUCGUAUAAUUACUGACAUCUGGUAUUCUGCACCAAUGUCAUUCCAUUGAAGGUCUGACAUAUUCUUCCUACCCAUUGAUAGCUUAUUUGUCAAGUAUAGGUUGCUCAUUAUUGGAAUUGGGGAGUAUAUAGCCCUUACUCUCUUGUACAUAUGCUUGUUGCUUCAUUUUGAAUGUUGGUUAUACCUUCUUGUUGAAGCUUCUGCCUGCUUAAGGAAGCAUGUUUAAUGCCACAUUUGUUUUUUGAGUUUCUUUAUAAUGAAAAUAUAUUCCAUUACCAUUUGGGGGAACA